AUGACAGCUUACUUAUCUGAAAAAGAACCACUUUUAAGAAGAAGUAGGAAGAUUGCAGAAGAAAAUGAAAUAUCAACCCACUCACCGAAAUACCCAUCUUUUUUAAAAUCGUUAUUAUACAAUCCAUUUCAAAAUUGUUUGCCAAAUAAUAACGCCUCACCUAUAUCUUCAUCCUUUGAUAAAUCUAGUGAAAUUAUUGAUUAUUCGGACGAUGAUUUGUCAAUACCAGAUUUACCAAGUGUCACAAUUUCAACCAAGUCAAAAUUAAGUUCCUCAGACAAAUUGGAAAAGUUAAGAAAAUUAAUGGUGAAGCAUAAUAUUGGAGUCUACAUAAUACCGUCAGAAGAUGAACAUAUUUCAGAGAAUACAUCACUAGCCGAUAAAAGAAGGGAAUUUAUAUCAGGUUUUACAGGAAGUGCUGGGGUUGCAAUAGUUACAGUUAAUGAUGAAAAUUCUUUAUCUGGUGAAGCUAUAUUAUCUACUGAUGGAAGAUACUUUCUACAAGCUCAAAAUCAAUUGGAUUCAAAGUUAUGGAAAUUGAAUAAACAAGGAGUUAUAGGUCAUCCAAGCUGGAACCAAUAUGUUAUAGAUUUGGCAACUAAAAAUAAAUUUAGUAAUGUAGUUUCAUGUGAUCCAAGAACUUUAACUUUAUCAAUCGGGAAUUUUUUUAAAGAAAAAGAAAGUUAUUAUGACUUCAAAUUUAAGCCGAUAUUGGAAGUAAAUCUAGUCGAUGAAGUUUGGGGUAAAGAAAAACCUACAAGAUCUUUGGAGCCUAUUUAUGUAUGGGACUUAAAAUACAGCGGAGAACAUACUAACGACAAAUUAAAACGAAUUCGUCAAAUUAUGAAGGAACAAAAUGCAACUCACUAUAUUGUGACUGAAUUAGAUAGUAUAGCAUGGCUAUUUAAUUUAAGAUCAGAUUUUGAUAUACCAUUUGCACCUGUAUUUUUUUCAUACUCCAUAAUCACGUUAUCAUCUGUUCAAUUAUUUAUUAAUAAAGUCAAGAUUGAGAAUGGAAAUAAGGACCUAAAGGAGUAUUUAUCAAGUAUUGAAAAUUUGACUAUUUUGAAUUAUGAAGACUUUUAUAAAGAAAAUGGCAAAUUAAAAGCAACAGUAUUUGAGAAUAACCUCAAAAUAAUCAUACCAGAUAAAAAUUCUUGUACUUUAGCAUUGUAUGAUUCAAUCCCAGAUUCAUACAGUAAACGAAAUUUGGUUCAAGACUCAAUUAUAGCUAAGUUAAAAUUAUACAAAAACAAAACAGAAUUAUUUAAUACUAAAAUAGCACAAUAUAAAGAUUCAUUAGCGUUUAUGUUAUUUAUCCCAUGGUUAGAACAUCAGUUAAUAAACAAACAAGAAAAAAUUUCAGAAUAUGAUUCGGCUUGCAAGAUAUACAGUAUCAGAACAAAUUUACCAAAUUUUAAAGGUCUUAGUUAUGCAUGUAUAUCACUGUCGGGUGCAAAUGCGGCAGUUAUUCAUUAUUCACCAACCAAAGAACAAAAUUCCAUAAUCGACCCUAAAAAAGUUUAUCUUUUAGACUCAGGUGCUCAUUAUUUAGAAGGUACAACUGAUAUAACAAGGACUUACUUAUUUGAUGAGUCAGCAAUUACCAAAGAAAAUAAAAAACACUAUACUUUAGUAUUAAAAGGUCAUUUAGCAGUUGCAAUGGCAAAAUUCCCGGCAAAUUCAUCAGGUACAGGCAUUGUAUUGGAUUCUUAUGCUAGACAACCAUUAUGGAAUUAUGGAUUAGAUUUUAAUCAUGGAGUUGGUCAUGGAAUUGGAAGUUUUGGAUUAGUACACGAGGGACCUAUAUCUAUAUCAUCUACAACGGGAGGUCCUUCAACAAAAGAUUACUUCAAACCAGGUGCUAUAAUAACCGAUGAGCCUGGUUAUUACGAAGAUGGAAUAUGUGGGUAUAGAGUUGAAAGUGAGAUUGAAGUUAUUGAAUGUGAUGAAUCAUUUGGUAAAACUAAAAAUGGUGGUAAUUUUUUGGGGUUUGAAUAUUUAACAAAAGUUCCAUUUUGUUCAAAAUUGAUAGAUACUAGCUAUUUAUCACCAAUUGAGAUAAAAUGGAUUAACGAAUAUCAUGAAAGUAUAAAAGAAGAUUUUGCUGAUAAGUUAUUAGAGCUUAAUAAUAAAAGAGCGUAUAAUUGGUUAAUUAGAGAAACUGAACCAAUAAAUUAG